UUCGGUGAGGUCACGUGUCGGGAGAGUUCCAAGAUGGAUCCUGUGUUGUAUGGUGUGGCGGCUGUAAUUUUAGCAGUUUUGAUUUUCUUCAUCACCAAAGUGCGAGGGCAGGCAGAGCAAGCAGACAGGCAGCAGCAGCGGGAUGUUUCAGCCGCUGUGGCAGGCAGAGCUCGCCCCCUCGUGGUGGAGGAGCGUGGUGCAGGGAUGCCACGCAGACGCAGAAACCUUGGGAGCAGGGUGAUGGCCCAGCGGAGAGCUCAGAGAGCGGAAGAGCAAGAGGACGAGGAGGAACACGAGGUGGACGAAGAAGAGGAGCAGUUUACAGAGUAUCAGACUGCAGCAAAGAUUGGAGCGAAGAAACAGCGCAAACUGGAGGAAAAGCAGGCCAGGAAGGCGCAGAGAGAGGCAGAGCAGGAGGAGCGGGAGGAGCGGAAACGAGCUGAUCAGCAGAGAGAUGAAGAAAGAAGGAGAGAGGAGGAGAAAAACCGACUGGAAGAGCAGCACAGGGAGGUAGAAGAGCGCAGAGCAAAGGAGGAGGCAGAGCGUCAGGAGCAGGAGGAGUAUUUGAGAUUGAAGGAGCAGUUCAGUGUGGAGGAAGAAGGGCUGCAGGAGGACAUGACUGAGGAGGAGUCUCACAAUCUUCUGCAGGAAUUCAUCAAUCACAUCAAGGCUGCAAAGGUAGUUUUGCUGGAGGACCUGGCCUCUCAUUUUGGGCUGCGAACACAGGAUGCCAUCAACAGACUCCAGGAUCUGAUUGCUGAUGGGACUCUGACAGGAGUGAUUGAUGACCGAGGGAAGUUUAUCUUCAUCACUCCGGAGGAGCUGUCUGCCGUUGCUCAGUUUAUCAAACAGCGUGGCCGAGUCUCCAUCACUGAGCUAGCCCAGGCCAGCAACUCGCUCAUCAACCUGACACCUGAGACUAGCGCCGCCCCACAGGUCAAAGCCUGAACUGCAGCUUGGCACAUCUUCUGUACAGCUGCUUCAAGUCCCUGUCAACAUGCAGAGCUCUGGUCACAGCCUCCCCAGCAACACCACUGUUAACAGAUGAUCACUAUUUUCAGUGUUAUAGUGAUUCCCCUGUUUGAUAUCAACACAAUUCCAGUUUGUGAAUUUUUCUCAUUUCCCAGGUAACAAAUUCUUACCUGUUGA